AUGAACAGAAUUAGUAAAACUCGUGAUUUAAUGGCCCUCUGCCGUGGUUUAUCAACCGAAAGUGAGGAAAGAGAAAUGGACAGUUUGAUUGAGUCGCUCGCUCGAAUUACGUAUGGCAGUGGACAGCGACUACCGGGGAUUGGCAAACAUGAAACGGAUAAUGGAACGAUCGAAGAUAGCUCGGCGCGGAAAGCGACCGAAUACAUUAGCAGUAUUGAUAACGGGAUGGAAUCUCAAUCAACUGCAUCGAAAGAAGGAAAUUUAUACUUAACAAAAGUAGAGGUGAUGAAGUUGGAUACUGGCAAGACUGCAGCCUGUGAUAUGCAGGAAGAUUGGUUGAAAUUGGAUGAGACAGAAAAGGGAAAUAUGAUGGCGAUGGAACCAAGAGAUAGGGACAUGCUGUCUGCUGGGCCGGGAAUACACAAGGGAAAUCGUGCUAGGGAGUGGUCAUUUAUAAACGGCGACUUUCACGACGAGAACAGAAGGUCAAAGAAGUUAAAUACCAGAAGAAAAAUGAAAGAAGAACCAUCAAUGCACUUCUUGAGAAGUUCCAAGAGUGUGUUUAAUCAAAAUCGCCCUACUUAUCAGAGAACUUGGCGGGAGGAGGCCUUGGGGAAGGUCAAGCUUGUGUAA